CCUCCCGUGCUGCACCUGCCCGCCAUCCAGCCGCCGCCGCCCGUGCUACCCGGGCCCUUUUUCAUGCCCUCCGACCGCUCAACCGAGCGCUGCGAGACCGUGCUGGAGGGCGAGACCAUCUCGUGCUUCGUGGUGGGCGGCGAGAAGCGCCUGUGCCUGCCGCAGAUCCUCAACUCGGUGCUGCGCGACUUCUCGCUGCAGCAGAUCAACUCGGUGUGCGACGAGCUGCACAUCUACUGCUCGCGCUGCACGGCCGACCAGCUGGAGAUCCUCAAAGUCAUGGGCAUCCUGCCCUUCUCGGCGCCCUCGUGCGGGCUCAUCACCAAGACGGACGCGGAGCGCCUGUGCAACGCGCUGCUGUAUGGCGGCGCCUACCCGCCGCCCUGCAAGAAGGAGCUGGCCGCCAGCCUGGCGCUGGGCCUGGAGCUCAGCGAGCGCAGCGUGCGCGUGUACCACGAGUGCUUCGGCAAGUGCAAGGGGCUGCUGGUGCCCGAGCUCUACAGCAGCCCAAGCGCCGCCUGCAUCCAGUGCCUCGACUGCCGCCUCAUGUACCCACCGCACAAGUUCGUGGUGCACUCGCACAAGGCCCUCGAGAACCGGACUUGCCACUGGGGCUUCGACUCCGCCAACUGGCGGGCCUACAUCCUGCUGAGCCAGGACUACACGGGCAAGGAGGAGCAGGCACGCCUGGGCCGCUGCCUGGACGACGUGAAGGAGAAAUUCGACUACGGCAACAAGUACAAGCGGCGGGUGCCCCGGGUCUCCUCCGAGCCCCCAGUCUCCAUAAGAAAAACAGAUGAUGCUCCCUCCCAGCACCCCACGUCGUCUGAGAAGGACAGACAGUCCGGCUGGCUGCGGACCGUGGCCAGCUCCUCCAGCAAGGGCCUUGGCUGUGUUUACCCUCGCCAGCGCCUCUCCGCCUUCAGACCCUGGUCCCCUGCAGUUUCUACUAGUGACAAAGAGCUCUCCCCGCACCUCCCGGCCCUGUUUCGAGAAAACUUUUACUCCUGCAAGAGCUUCGAGACGGGCGUGGCCCCCAACGUGGCUCUGGCCCCCCCGGCCCAGCAGAAGGUCGUGAGCAGCCCACCAUGUGCCACCGUCGUCUCCCGGGGCCCCGAGCCCCUCGCCACCUGCAUCCAGCCGCGGAAGCGGAAGCUGACCGUGGAGACGCCCGGGGCCUCGGAGACCCCGGCGCCGGCAGUCGCCCCGGAGGACGACAAGGACUCGGAGGCCGAGGUGGAAGUGGAGAGCAGGGAGGAAUUCACCUCCUCCCUGUCCUCGCUCUCCUCCCCGUCCUUUACCUCAUCUAGCUCCGCCAAGGACCUGAGUUCCCCGGGCGUGCACGCCCCGCACGCCCCACCCGCUGCCCCCGACACGGCAGCCCCCGCCGACGCCCCGAGCGGGGGGCUGGAGGCGGAGCUGGAGCACCUGCGUCAGGCCCUGGAGGGCGGCCUGGACACCAAGGAGGCCAAAGAGAAGUUCCUGCACGAGGUGGUGAAGAUGCGCGUCAAGCAGGAGGAGAAGCUGGGGGCCGCGCUGCAGGCCAAGCGCAGCCUGCACCAGGAGCUGGAGUUCCUGCGCGUGGCCAAGAAGGAGAAGCUGCGGGAAGCCACGGAGGCGAAGCGCAACCUGCGGAAGGAGAUCGAGCGCCUGCGCGCUGAGAACGAGAAGAAGAUGAAGGAGGCCAACGAGGCCCGGCUGCGCCUGAGGCGGGAGCUGGAGCAGGCGCGGCAGGUCCGGGUGUGCGACAAGGGCUGCGAGGCCGGACGCCUGCGCGCCAAGUACUCGGCCCAGAUCGAGGACCUGCAGGUGAAGCUGCAGCACGCAGAGGCCGAUCGGGAGCAGCUGCGGGCCGACCUGCUGCGGGAGCGCGAGGCCCGGGAACACCUGGAGAAGGUGGUGAAGGAGCUGCAGGAGCAGCUCUGGCCGCGGCCGCGCCCCGAGGCCGCGGGUGGCGAGAGCAUGGCGGAGCUGGAGCCCUAGCCGGAUGCCGCCCGCUGCCCGUGCUGCCCGAGGGGACAGGGGACGGGCCGCCCAGCCGGGGCUCAGCGCGCCGGCCCUUCUCAGUCCACAUAGCACAACGUCUUACUGUGCCUACAACCAAGCGAGUGUUCGGAACCACAUCCUUUUAGAAUCCACUGCAGAAUUUUCUACUGGCCAAGUUCAAGUGAGCAAGCCGGGUCCCUAGCUGCAGCGGAAACAAAGCCAGCUCGGUGGCUGUGGCUGGCCUCUGCUUGCUGGAACGUUCUAACAUUUACACUUUUGUUAUAAGCUAUUUAAAACCAAUAAGGAGACUUGAGAUUCAGAAAAAGUCACCACGUUUUUUAAUGACUAACUUUUAAAAGCCCCCACCACACCCAACGCCAUCUGAGGACCCACUGAGGGAGCUGGGGUGGCUGCCGCCCCGCCCGUGAAGCCAUCACCGCUUAUCUGCACCCACCCGCGGCUGCAUGAGGACAGGAAGGGUUUUUCUCCAGAGUCUAUUUUUUCAACGACAAGGACCCCGGCCUCCCGUGCUGCCGCCGGAGGAGCGAGGAGCCAGCCGUGCGCACGAGCCGGAACACUGCCGCCUUACCCGCCGGUGUGUGCAGAGACUGCGCCCUGGGCGUCCUCUGUCGGGGAGCUGGCGGAGGCGGCCCCCGCGGCCUGAGCACGGCGACCCCUUCUCAGCCGGGCAAACAUCGCUCCUUCAUCUUGGGACUGAGGCCGCAGCAUUGGAACAAAACAGCAUUAUCUCACUUUUCGUUUGUUCAUUUAAACGUAUAUUUCGAACUGCACUUUGUCCAAAAUCUUCCCUUCUGUUUUCAUUCCCCAGUUCACUGAGGUUUUUACUCUCCAGAUACCGCAAACGGAUUUCUAGAGCAGGCCCCGUCCUAAGCGCUUGCGCGUUCGAAACCCCUCUGGUGCUCGGUCGAACAAGGGAAUCACAGGAAACGAAAAUGCAAAGCUGAACUUCGGGGGGUAGUUCUGUGCCUUCCAGCAUCUUGUACAGCAAAUCCCGACGCGUCUUUCUACCCCCGAAUAUCCGUCUUCAGUAGCGAUCGAAUCUGCCACUAUCAGAAUAAGUUACUUGCAUUUAUUCCAAAUAAUCUCGUUUACUCUCGACUGUUUAUGCAAAUUGUAUAAGGUUUCUUAUGCCCAAGCUUGAAAACGAUUUCCCAGUAGGCAAGAGGCACUGCCCACCUGAAACGGCGGUAUUUAUUCACACGAGGGGCGUCCUGCGGACUCCCCGGUCCCACUCCGUUGUGGCAGCUGCGCGCAGACGGGAGGCGGGGGCCGCGGCUGCCGAAGCCUCUGCAGGGCUUUGCCCUCGGUUUACUGGGGGGGCCCAGGAGCCGCUGGACCCCCUUCUAAAGUGCAAUGCAAAAGGGACAUCAUGUAUAUGCAGCGUUUGUUUGGUUUUUUUGUUUCUUUUUGUUUUUGUUUUUGUUUUUUUUUUUUUGGCUUUUGUUUUUCUUUUGCAGUUAUUAAAUCUGUAUGCAUGGAAUUUUUAAUCUGCCAUACGUAUACCCAUCGAUGGGCAUUAUUACCGUGUCGUGUAAAGGGUCGGCUGUGUUAUGCCACACUCAGAAUGCUGUGUUCAGCCUUGUUUUUCCAGAGUUGUGUUUUUUUCAGUCAUUUCUUCAAGGGAAACUAAACGGUUUAGUUGGAGCGAAGCUUUAAGUGUGUCGGUGUGCUUCUCUGUGGCUGUGCUCUGCCAAGUCCGAAAGUCGCAGUGAGACCUGAGGCCCCAGGACCUGUCCCUGAGGCCACCUGGGUCGCUCCAGUGGCUUCUGAGUUUUCAGGCUCCAGAGGGAGAUAAGUUUUUCUGAGUGUCGCGUGUGAGGGCACCGCCUCUCCAUGCCCUUGCACUGACCCCUCCGGUCACCUGCACGUCUCUGCUGUUGACCGGGUCCACAUCUCCACUAGCCAGCUCUGUCCCCAGACAUCGGGAAGAGCUGGAUAUGCAAUGGCAGCUUGUCCCCUAGAGCUGUGAGGAUGUGGCCCCGGAAGGCCUUGUCCCACCCAGGCCCGCCCUUCCCGAGGGUCCCGAGGCUGGAGGAGCCGGCGGGGCGGGAAUCAGACAGGUGGGUCUCCUUCACCAGCAGCUCGGCCUUCCGGAGCAGCUCCGGGGAUGGGGUGGGCGGGGACUGUCCCGGCCGCUCCAUACCUGGGGUGCAGCCCCGCUCUGCAGGCCCAGGCCGGCCCCAGCCCGAGGCCCCAACCCGCCCGUGCCGCUGCGGGGUACUUCCUUCCCAGAAGGGAGGGGAGGGACCCAUCCUGUGGGCCGGCGGCUCCUCCCGUGUGUGACCCCCGUCAUCGGGGUGACUGUGCAUUCAGUCUAAUUACUCACUCUUUCUAUGCUGAAAAGACUUAACGAAGGGAAUAAAACCAACAGCAAUAACAUAAUAUGGAGCAGCCAGCCCGCGCACAGCCCCCUGCUUCCGCGCAGAACAAGCCAGUGCGCGAGCGCCGCCCUGUAAAUACACCCUUCCCGCCGCCGCGCGUGCGUGUGCUGGUCCCGGUCCCGGUCCCUUCUCCAGAACCCUUUCUCACCUGGCAGUUGUCUCGUUCUCUGGGUUUCUAGCUGAGGAAGAACGCGCUCCUCUGCCCCCGGGGGUGCCGGGGACGCCCUGGCCGCUUCCAGCACCGGCCGCGGCCUCCCCGCUCCCUCCUCCCGCCCGCGUCCACCAGGCUUCUGGGCUCGAGAGGCGGCUUGUUCUUGCUUAAAGUCAGGAGUCACAAACGACAUUUUUUUUCAAUUAAGGAAAAAAACACAGCUCUACCUUUGUAUCCGCCAGGAGCGUCUGCAUCGCCGCCCCGUUCUCUCCUUUGCUGCUGCUAAUGACAAUAUGAUGACUUACUCUACUAUUCGAAAACUAUUUUUAUGUAAUUAAUGUAUGCUCUCUUGUUUAUAAAUGCCUGAUUUAAAAAGAAAAAGAGAAAAAGCUUGGCAUAUUUAUCUA